AACAGAAUACAUAAAUACGAGCACAUGACCCACGGGCCCCAUCUCCCCAUCUUCUUCUUCCUCCUCCCUCCCACCAGGCCACCACCACUCCAUCUCCUUAAUUGCACUUCCAUUUCACCUCACCUCCUCUCCAUCUCUCCAUCGCCUCAACCACCUCCUCCUCUCUCGAGCUCGAUCCAAUGGGCAAGAAGGGUGGCCUCACCUCCCUCUUCUCCAGGCUGGCCGUCGCCGCCGCCGACUCGCCGUCCUGCGCGAAGAACCCGCCGCACACGGCGUCGUUCCGCGGGUUCUACUACGUCGACGAGCCAUGCACGACGGCGGGAGGGGGAGGUGGUGGCAGGUCGCCGGCGGCGGGGAGGUUGAGGAAGGGUGGGGACGAGAUGUAUAAGACGGUCAACUCCGUCUUCUUCGAUGACUCCGCCGACGCCGCCCACGCCGUCGCCGACGGCUGUGCCUUCUCCGGUGAGGAUGACGACGACGAUGACAGAUUCUCCACGACGACGGCGGCCGACGAGGAGUGGUCGGAGGCGGUCAUCCGCAGCCUCGGCCGCCGGACCUCCACCGACAGAUUCUUCUUCGACGCCGGCCCGGGCCGGCCGGCCGCCACCAACUCCAUCCUCGCCACGGUGAGGCCACGACGGCCACCACCACCACCACCGCCGCCACCACCAGCGGAGGAGGAGAAAGAGAAAGCGGCGGCGGAGGCGGCGCAACUCCCCGGCAAGUCGUCGUCGACGUCGUCGUCGCAGCUGGUGGAGGAGAGCGUGGCGGUGGCGGUGGAGUCGGAGGACCCGUACGGGGACUUCAGGGCGUCCAUGGAGGAGAUGGUGGCGGCGCACGGCCUCCGCGACUGGGACGCGCUGGAGGAGCUCCUCUCCUGGUACCUCCGCGUCAAUGGCAAGCACAACCACCCCCUCAUCGUCGCCGCCUUCGUCGACCUCCUCCUCGCCCUCGCCGCCGUCCCCUCCUCCUCCUCCUCCGACACCACCACCACCACCACCGCCGCCGCAACCACCACCACCAGUGACACCAGCUGCAGCACCGCGAGCACCAGCACCACCAGCAAUGGCGCCACCAGUGUCACCGCCGCCGCCACUGCGGCUGAGCAAUGCGGCGGCGGCGGCGGCGGUGGGGAUGAGGAAGCUGGUUGCUCGUCUUCUUCCUCCUGCUGCGCCGCCUCUGACCAUGACCAUGAAGAGGUCUCGGCCAUAAGCUAGGCAGGUGAUCGAUUAGCUUAGAUAUUGGAAGGAAGAAAAUAUUUUCUAUUUUUCGACCCUAAUUUUUCACCAAAAGUCGAAUCAUUUUAGCUUUUGUGAAAAAUUAGGGGCGAAAAAUAUAUCUUUUUCUGCUGUUUAGAUAAUUAGGUUUGUACCGAACUUGAUUUUGCAUGAUGAUGAUAUGUUAACCACGGCCACUGUUUGGAUCAACGAGUCAGAGAGACUUGCUUAAUUGCAGAGAGACUUGCUUAAUUGCAAAGUGAUGAUGGGAUUAAAGUGUA